AAUUUCUUCCGGGGAAACCCAGAAGAAGAAGAAGAAGAAGAAGGGCGGACUAUAACAACACGGUGCCUGCAUACUGUCACAACACAAACAACCGAACAGUUUUCAGUUUUCAGGCCAAAGAGCUGUGUCGCCUCUCCAUGCUGCUGUGCCGGGUUUCGGCAGUGAGCCAGACGCUAGCGAGAUGGGGACGGAGGUCACACCAGGGAGGAGGCGGCCUCCUCCUCCACCGUGCUCUCUCCUUCAGCUCCAGCCGCUGGCAGGGUGUGAGUUCGGAGGAAGGCAGCGCUCAGCCCGCGGAGGCAGCCUCUGCUCAGGGACUGUACCGAGACACAGUGCUCCUUCCCCGGACUGACUUCCCCAUGAAACUGACCGGACAGAAGCUUCUGGAGCGAGAACUCGAGAUACAGAAGGAGUGUGGAUUUGCAGAUUUGUACUCCUGGCAGAGAGAGAGGAAGGUCAAGAAGGAGUUCUGUCUUCAUGAUGGACCCCCUUAUGCAAAUGGGGACCCUCAUGUAGGACAUGCACUCAAUAAGAUCCUGAAAGACAUCCGUAACCGUUUUGAGAUGCUGAGGGGGCGACAGGUCCACUACAUCCCAGGCUGGGACUGCCAUGGCCUCCCCAUCGAGCUGAAGGCUCUGGGGGAGGUGGGGACCAGCGGCCUCGGCCCGCUGCAGAUCAGACAGAAAGCACGGGCGUUUGCAGAGGCGGCCAUAGCUCGUCAGAAGGCUGCUUUCCAGCGCUGGGGGGUGAUGGCGGACUGGGACCAGUGCUACUACACGUAUGACGGGGCCUAUGAGGCUGCUCAGCUGAAAGUGUUCCAGGAGAUGCACAGCAAGGGCUUCAUCUAUCAGGACUACAAGCCAAUCUUCUGGUCUCCUUCAUCAAGAACGGCCCUGGCAGAGGCAGAGUUAGAGUACAAUGCUGAGCAUGUGAGCAGAGCCAUCUAUGCCACUUUCCCCCUGAUCACACUGCCGCCUAAGAUUGCCUCAGAAGCAGCAGGUCUGGAUAGUGUCUCUGUGCUGGUGUGGACCACCCAGCCGUGGACCAUUCCUGCCAACCAGGCUGUGUGCUACAUGCCCAACACCCAGUACUCCGUGUUGAAGAGAGCGGACAACCCUCAGUUGCUCUUAGUGGCCACUGAGCGCACAGCCAGCGUAGCUGCACUGCUGGGCACAGAGCUGGAGAGUGUGGGGACCUUCACAGGCUCCCAACUUGAAGGUGGGAUCUGCAAACAUCCCACAAUUCCUGACAAGGAAGUGCCACUUUUGCCUGCCAAUCAUGUGACUAUGGCAAAAGGCACAGGAUUGGUCCACACAGCACCAGCUCACGGCAUGGAGGAUUACAGUGUGGCUUCACAGUUUAAACUGUCUGUGGAGUGCAUGGUGGAUGAGGACGGCAAGUUCACUGAACUGGCGGGACCUGAGCUACAGAAUCUGUCUGUGAUGACAGAAGGGACAGACAAAGUGAUUUCCAUGCUGAAGGAGUGUGGGGCUCUGGUGAAGGAGGAGCAGUGUGUCCACAGUUACCCAUAUGACUGGAGGACAAAGCAGCCUGUCGUCAUCAGGCCCAGCAAACAGUGGUUUAUCAACACAGCGUCGCUUAAAGAGAAGGCCAAGGAUGCAUUGCAGAAGGUGCGUGUUUUGCCUGAGUCGGCACGGGGCAGCUUGCUGGCCAUGCUGGACAGACGGACCUACUGGUGCAUCUCCAGACAGCGAAGCUGGGGCGUCCCAAUCCCGGUCUUCUACCACAAAGAGACUGGAGAAGCUCUCAUCAACAAACACACAGUGUCCCAUAUAGCAACGCUCUUCAAAGAGAAGGGUAGUGACUGUUGGUGGGAGCUUCCUAUUGAGACUUUGCUGCCAGCAGAGGUGCUCAAGAAGAGUAAAGCAGGUCCAGUGACUGACUACGUUCGGGGAGAAGACGUCCUAGACAUCUGGUUUGACAGCGGAGCAUCAUGGGCUGCUGUACUAGAAGAGGAGAUGGAGGGAGACACUGAGGAGCCUGAGUCACAUCUCAGCUGGCUCCCCGCUCCGCUUCGCAAACCUCUGGUCCCAGAGUCAGACUCCAGGGCAGAUGCAUAUGUGGAAGGGAAGGACCAGAUUGGAGGCUGGUUUCAGUCCUCGCUGCUGACCAGCGUAGCCGUCAGGAACAAGGCACCUUACAAGUCUCUGGUGGUCCACGGCUUCGCUGUCAGUGAGAAAGGAGAGAAGAUGUCCAAGUCUGUGGGCAAUGUUGUGGAUCCUGAUGCAGUCAUUAAUGGAGGGAAGGACCCCAGUAUGCCAGCCUAUGGGGCAGAUGUGCUGCGUUGGUGGGUGGCGGAGUCAAACGUCUUCUCUGAGGUUCAGAUCGGACCCUCUGCACUCAACUCAGCCAGAGACAGCAUCAGCAAGUUGAGGAACACUCUGAAGUUUCUGCUCGGGAACCUGCAGGGCUUCGACCCCCGCGUGCAGGCUGUGGACCCCAAAGAGAUGCACUACAUUGAUCAGUACAUGCUGCACUUGCUCCGCGAGUACAGCAUCAAGGUGACAGAUGCCUACAGUGAGUUUGAUGCUGGCAGGGCCAUCCGUGUCCUCCAAGCCUUCAUCGCCAGAGACGUCUCCAACUUGUACUUCAGCAUCAUCAAAGACAGGUUGUACUGUGAUCCAGAGGACUCGUUGGGCAGAAGAUCAUGUCAGACGGUUUUAGAGGAAGUCCUAGAUGGAGUGACCAGAUCCAUAGCCCCCAUCCUGCCACAUCUAGCUGAAGAGGUCUAUCUACACGCACCAGGACAUGACCAAGGGGAGACGUUAUUCAAGAGCGGCUGGGUCAAAAGCAGUUCUGUGUGGCGGCGACCAGGAUUGGAGGAGGCAGUGGAAGGGGCGUGUGCGAUCAGGGACUCCUUCCUGUCCUCCAUUCCAGGCAAAAACGCAGCCCAGUAUGACCUCACCAUUGCCAUUGAACCCGGUUUGCUGUUUGAACUCAUGGAGUCUCUCCAAGAGGAACCCUCCUCCACCUCCUCGCAGCUGGUUGAGCUGAUGAUGGUGGCGCGGGUCAACCUCACCAGUAAGCUACCCCGCGACCUGCCCUCAGAUGCCCUGCUGAGCCACGGAAGCUUCCUCAUAAACCUGGAAGGUGGUGUUAUCCGUGAGGACAGUGCCUACAGUAUAGCAGUGGUACCCACCUCUGCUGCCCGCUGCCCACGGUGCCGGCGAUACACUGCAGAGUCAGCAGACUGCCUGUGCCCGCGCUGCCAGUCCGCUGUUUCACAGGCUCACUGACGACCAGACAUCGCGUCACCGUGACGACCAGCGAACACCACCUUGGCUGUUUUGUUUCCCCGCUGGAUAUAGACCAGGUUUUACGAUGCCUGUCUCUAUUAUAUGAGAGUUGUGACACUAACUCUGAAUCAAUUGUCCUCUCUGGUAAGGGAACCUGCAGGUUGGCACAGGGCUGCAUUGUAAUGGCCUAACAGCAGAUAAGCGUACUGUUCCUCAAUGUGCUUCAGAUUUCACUGUUUCGCACUCACUGUACACUUUCCUAGAACAGCAGGUGAAGCUUAUAUGUCCAAGGCUGCAGCAUGAAUGUGCUGCUUAUACAUUUGGUCUUGUACCACCAAGAAACUGAUACAGCAUGAGCUAGAUUGUUUACUGUAUAUAUAUAAUUGGGAAUUUAAUAUAUUGACUUGAUUUUCAGUCUAGAAGGGAUGCCAUUCAGAGGGUGUAUGUGUUUUUUUUUUUUAUGCGUUAAUACAUGGAAAAGAAAUUCACUACCAUGAGAGUCACUGUGUGACAACAGUAUAACAGAAUUUAUAUUGGGUGUGGGUAAAUUCUGUAAACGCCUACUUUAUAUAAUAAAGCCUGUUCCUCGUCAACUUUCCCAUAAAAUUGAAGGUGUAUGGAAAGAUAUCUCUAAGUUAUAAAUAAAUGGAGUUGUAUCUGAA